CAGCGCAGUUUCACUAACUAGAGCAAACAAAGUAUGACUUUCUCCUGAUUAAAGGAAAACCAUCAAGAAAUGGCUUCAAAUAUUGUUAAGCUUUGCAUUUUUGUACUACAACUGUCUAUUGUUGUGCAGGGGGUGAAAUACCCUGCAAAGUCAAGAGUCAAGGAUAUAUUCGAAGCACCGAAAUCUGGAUACAAAGAGCUGUUUUCAACACAUCAACACGAAGAAAACCGACUACGUCGGAGUCAACAGGAAGUUUUAACAAAUAAACACAGAAUCCGCAGGAAUACUAACCCAGACUGGUGCUCAGAUCCAACGAAAAUCAAAGAUCAUGAUAUAAUAAACCGAUUGUGGAAAUUCCCUGUGGGUGAUAAUCAUUUGUCAUUUUCCAUGACUUGGGUUGGAAAGGACUUUCAGACGAUACUUCUGUUGGCAACUACAGAGUUUUUCAUAUUUUCAGUCCAAAGAUCAGCUCUUUAUAAAAGCACUGAUUUUGGUGAAACAUUUAAUAAAACAAAUCAGAAUAUUUAUGAGGGAAACAUCAGGAAGAACGACGGACUUCAGAGAAGUCCUGUUGACCCAAACAUGGUGAUCUUGGUGUCCUUCAGCUUGCCCAUCAUUGGUGUUUCAUCUUUGUACAUAACUCUAGAUGGCACCAAAACAUGGAAAAAAGUUGAUCUAGGAUUCCAGGUUCGUGGUGCCCUUGAAUUCCAUCCCCGGAACAAGAAUUGGAUCCUUGCCACAGCAAAUGGCUUAAAAGGGGCUUAUCUAUCCAAAGACUCUGGAAUGACUUGGAAAUUGCUUCGACCUCAUGUCAUAAGUGUAAAAUGGGGUGCAAGGCAGGACAAAAUGGUCAGCAAAGAGGAACAAACCAUCUUGAUGAAUGUUGUACCAAAUUAUAAUGGUCGUUUGAAUAUUUAUAAUCAGGAGCUUUGGAGAUCACGAGAUUUAGGAGAGCAUUUUGAAUUAAUUGCUAAACAUAUUUACUCAUUUGGAGUACAAGGACCAUUUCUUUUUGUUUCUGUGGAUUAUAAAAAGGAUGAAAAAACUAGAAUUAUGCAGGUUUCUAAAGAUGGAGGAGAUACUUUUGAAAAUGCACAGGUUCCUAAGAUUAAGCCAGAACAGUUUUACUCAAUUCUGGACAUGUCAGAAGGCAUGGUGUUCUUGCAUGUUGACGAUAUUGGAGACAGUGGAAAAGGAGUUCUCUACACUUCAGAUGCUGAUGGGAUAGUGUUUGACAAGUCUCUUGAAAAUCAUGUGUACACAAACACUGAUGGCAUUACAGACUUCUAUAAAGUGGAAUCCAUGAAUGGGACUUACAUUAGCAGUAGAAUGAAUCAAGAUAACAGUUUGAGUUCCUUGAUAUCAUUUGACCGUGGAGGAGAGUGGAAUCCUAUCAAACUGGAUGACAAAUUGUGCAAAGGUCAAACUGCCACAAAAGAUGCAAAUGUUUGCUCUCUGCAAAUCCACAAUGCCUUCAGCCGCAGUAGAGGUGUCAAUGUAUCCAGGGGCCCUCUUAGUGAAGCCAGUGCUGUCGGCAUCAUCAUUGCUCAUGCAAACCCUGGAUAUGCUCUUAACAAAAAGAGCAUUGGGAUUUGGAUGUCAAGGGAUGGUGGAUACACCUGGAAGGAUACUGGUUUGAGAGGAGCGCAUCACUAUGCCAUAGCUGACCACGGCAGCCUUAUAGUGGCAAUACCUGUGGGUUCUGAGGAAGUUAGAACAUUAUGGUAUUCAGUAGAUGAAGGAGGUUGCUGGUUUUCUUAUGAGUUUCCCAAAGAAAAAUUCCACUUGACUGGCCUUGUUACUUCGCCUGGUGCACAGACAAUGAGGGUUAGCCUAUGGGGUUAUGCAGGUGGUACCAGACGAUGGAUGGUAAAUACGCUCAACUUCAGACGUGUAUUGGAGAAAAAGUGCAUGUACAAUAAAGUACCAGACAAAUCGGACUAUGAGGAAUGGAUUCCCCACGGUAAUGGAAAAAACAAGGGCUGCUUACUUGGCAAGAAAAUAACAUUCUUAAGGCCCAAACCCAAAGUCCUUUGUUUUAAUGGAGAAGACUACAUUCCCAAGGCAACAAUUGAACGCUGUCCAUGUUCAAUGGAUGAUCUGGAAUGUGAUUACGGGUAUUAUCGUAAAGUUGGUGAAACAAAGUGCAAGCUGGACAAAACCAAGAAACCAAAAUUCUGCAAGAAUGGAGAAGAAAUAGAUGUAGAAAGCAAAGGGUAUCGGCUUAUUCCUGGUGAUGAAUGCAGUUCUCCUGGUACAAAUGUGGAGAAAUAUGUAGAUGCUCAUAAAAAAUGUCAGGAUCAAUAUGCCAACUAUGGAGCACUGACGACCAAUGAAAAAAAAUCAAAGAGCUCAAAGUCAUUAGUUGUUGCUGCGGUGGUCGUGCCCAUCACUAUCGUUGCCCUUGUAAUAGCCAUUUACUUUGGGAAAAAAUACCUAGACAUAAGAAAAAGUAAACCAUCUUAUCAGUACUCUUCCGUGUCGCAAGAGCCAGAACAAGACAUGUUUUCCUCCCCAAGUCAUGGAUUAGAUGAUGAUGAUACAGCCAUGAUUGAAGUGUAAAUCAAAUCUUGGUCUUAGUCUAUGGCCCCAAGUGUACUCUCAAUGCACUAUUGCUAACCAACUCACAGUUUGUAAUUAAAAAAGAAAUUUUUUGAUAAUCAGAAUAGUAGUAUAGUAUGGUUAUUUAGCCAUAAA